GCGCGCUCAAACGCAGACACACUCUCAGACUCGGUCAGUCCGGCAGAGCGCAGCAGGAGGACGCGCAUCUCUGCUCCCGCGCCUCACAUGAGCGCCCGUCUCCGGAGGUGGCCAGCUGGGUCACAGCAACCCUCCAGACAGCAAGGACAGGAGUGACCGAGACCUCUGCAGGAGAACAGAUCCUGAGAAGUGGCGGCUUUUUUUAUGUCUGUCAUGACAUUUGCUGGGGAAUUGGCAGCACGACGCACACCGCUGGUGACAACUGAGAUGACUCACCGAUCGGGUGACCGUCAACUCUCCGAGGGCCCUGACUGUUGUCUGAUGUCCGGUGACCUGCGCCGUUUCACCCCGCGGAGAGACGCGGGUCUGGCAGUGACCUUCUGGAGAGGAUGAGCGCUCGCUGAGACUCGGAAAGACUUGUGCAAAGUGUUUGGAACAAGCUCACAUCAUCCCCAUCAGACCCAUGCAGGAUGCCCGGGGAGCGCCGGCGAGUCCUGCUCCAACUCAGCCGGAGUUCAUGACGCUCUGGGCGGCAUCGUCAUGCGUCUCCUGCCCGAGCCCAGCGCGCAAUCCCUCCGGCUCCUCUUCCUCUUCCUCUUCGUGAUGGGGGUCGCUCCUUCGCCGGCUCUGACCGCCGGCUGCCCGGACAGAUGUGUGUGUGACGAUCAGCUGGUGGUCCAGUGCGCCGGACAGGAGCUCACCCGCUUCCCCUACGACCUUCCGCUGGCCACCCGCCAGCUCAUCAUCUCCAACAACCGCAUCGGCGAUCUGCCCGCGCUGCAGCUCAACUACUUGUCUGACCUGGUGUACCUGGACUGCAGCAACAACUCCCUGACGGAGGUCUCCGAGUCAACGUUCGGGAACUUGCGGAAACUGGCGUAUCUGGACUUGUCCUUCAACACGCUGCUGCAGAUCGAGGACCGGACUUUCGGACCGCUGGCGUCGCUGGUCAUGCUCCGGCUGACGGACAACCCGAGUUUAAGUGAGAUCCACCCGGAUGCCUUCUCGGAGAACCUGGCUUUGCAGGUGCUGGACGUGAGCAGGAACAACCUGACGGUUCUGAACAUCAGCACCCUGAUCGCCCUGCCCGCCCUCCGCUCUCUGGGUCUCAGCGGGAAUCCCUGGAAGUGCGACUGUGACACCGAGGACCUCUGCCUCUGGCUUCAGAUAGAGGGCUUCAAGUUCCAAGAUGAGGGACAGACAGUAUGCCAGAACCCCCCAGAGCUCACGGGCCAGCGACUGGCCGAGGUCGGCAUGCAACUGCGGGCAGACUGCCAUCAAGGCCUGGGCUACUGGGACUACCUCUUCUUCAUCGCCAUCGGCUUUGUGAUCUUCUCGGCGGGCACGGUAUCGGCCUGGGUGAUGGGCGUGUUGAUGGUGCUUUAUGAGCGCUACAGCAAGCGCAAGAGCGAGGAGCUGGACAGUGACGAUGAAGACGCCAGGGGAGGGAAGGGAAGCGGAGGAAACCAGGGCAACGGAGAUUUGAGCAAACCUGGCAUGGAGGUGUGAUGGAGAAGCCAGACUUCAAAGGUGUGGACACGACACGGAUUGAACCCUCCACUUUUCCACCAAUUUUGGUGACUUCAGUACGCACCUCAUCAUAUGAUUGGAGUGUGAGUGUGCUCGUGCGUGCGUGCGUGUGUGUGAGUGAGUCUUUGCGUGACUGUGUCGACGCGAAAGAGAGACAGCAACGUGGGACGACAACGCCUUCACAUCUCAUGUACAGAAUGAUUUUAGAGAUCAUCGAGAGCAAUAACCCCGAUAGAACUUUGCACACGGCACAUGUACACAUGCACAGACAAACAUACGCACUCACUGGAGCUGGUUUCUCUGAGUGGACAUCUUUACCUGUAUACUGUGUGAAGUGCUCUUGUGUACCACCUUGUAUAACGUUACCAUGUUACCACAUGUUGGCUUGGAGCAAAAAAGAGCAGCAGGGGUCCACGUAGAGCGUGCUGCCUUAUCUAUGCUUCAUUGAAAAGGGAACUGUUAGAUUAAAACUGAUAUUAUCCUGAAUGCCUUAAGGCAACGCACUUGAACUAGUGAUCAGUCGCUGUGGUCUUUUCAAGACAAAAUCUGUCCUUGCGUGAGCGCAUUCUUUUACAUUAAGAAUAAAUCUGAAUGUAACUCUGAAAACAUGUUUCUAAACUCAUGGAGACUGUUAAACUGCCUUCCGGAGUUUGCUUCAGACAAAGUCAUCAUUGUGUUUGGUGGAAUAAAUGACCCAGUGGUUACUGAACACAAGUUGACUGUGACUUUGAUGCUGUAUUUAGCUGUGUUAAGCUAAGAAGCUACAUACCAUAGCGGAGACGCUUAUAACAACACUGAAAAAGUGAUAUGACCAAAUAGGUCAUCGGUCCCAAUUAAUCAGUAAGGAAACACUGACUUUUAUAAACCGGCAUCAUUAAAAUAAUAUUGGUUAUUUAUUGGUGUUAAGUGCUUUGAAAGGCCACGAAUUGAUCUUGAAGUGCAGUAGAUCAUUAAGUGAGCAACUCCUGUGAUGGUCGUAUACGCCGGUGGAGGAGGCAAUGUGCAUCAAUGUAGAACAUAUUGUGACAGCAAACUCCACAAGGUGGUUUAACGCAAGUCUCCUGCUCUGCCAGAGACACAAUGUGACUGUAUCCACUGUUUUUGUCCUCAUGUUUGUGUCCAUUCUCCAGUAUGAGGUGGUUUGUUGAACCAGAUGUGGAAGUGGGCCAUAGCUCACCAAGACAACGUCAGGGAGAUUGAGUCAGUCCUUCUGCAAGCGAAGACAACUCUAUGUGACGGGAGGCCUCGCUUGGCUGACCUCAUGUUACAGUUGUGCACAUGCAGGCCACAGUAUAUAUAUCCCAGCUGUCAGUGUGGAAGUGGUUGUGUAUGUGUGUGUUCAUGUAGGCGUGACUGUUUCAGUGGGGCAGGACGAUAUGUUGACAAGUGAUUCUAUGAUUUGAACUCUCCCCCUCCACAGCUUUGGUCAUGGAAUGGACGGAUGGUUUGUAAGUACUUUAAAGGAGGGAUGAAGGUUGAGAUUCAAGAGGAGGUUUUGGAAGUUGCUUGCUGUUGCAACUGAAUGACAGGAUGACUCGAUGCUACGGCACGCAAUAUAGCGCAGUGUUUUCAGAAUCACUCGUAAUGCACAACUUACCAUUUAUCUUGUCGAAUAAGCAAUUAAAACCUUUUUUUUCAUGGCAAUUCUGGCCCAUUAAGACAUAUGAAGCAUCUUGCAAAGACUUUUCAAAUUCAAUUCUGGCUUAAAGCACAUCAGAAUGUAUUCCUUUCCCAAUGCAUGCUGCUAGUGCACAGGCUUUGCUGUUAAACAGGCUGUUUUCAAGCAAGAAGAAAAUAUAAAAUUUAAACGAUUAAACUUCCAGAAAACAAAAGCACUGACACUGACAGAAUUCAUGUUGAUGCCACUGGUGUUAUAAGACAGUGAAAGAGUACAAUUUAUGUAUCUUUAAACAAACCACAGAGAUGCGGGCCAGAAAAAUUCUGACACCCAUCUGAUCCAACUAGCUUCCCCAUGGGUCGAACACUCAACUGCUGCAGUUCAUACAUGUCAUCCGUUCAUAGUUCAUAAUGGUUAGGGUCGCCCAUCAUUUACUUUAAUACAUGACGGCGGCAAAGUUCCUCACAAGUUAAAAGAGAGAAAUGCCUCCCAAUAAAGCCGACAGUACACUAUCAGAGCGAUGAAGGAAAACUAAUGACGGGAGUGAUUUGGGAUUAAAGAACGUCUUCGCUCACCUGCUGUCGUCUCUUUAUCUCUCCUCGACAACUGCGGCAUGAACAAUGUAAGUGAAGGGCAAAGUUAAAGUCAGAGCGAGGGGCUGUGAGAACAUUAACACUCCCGUUUUGGUUUCUCUUAUCAUGCAUCAUUACAUCCUCCUUCUCAUCCUCCUCUCCAUCAACAAUCCCACAGGGUCAUCAGCUUUCACACACUCACACACACACAGAGGCAGAGACGUAAAGCUGCUAAAUCUUCAGGCUGUCAAUAUCAUUUGUUCAAAGCAAAAGCUAAGUGGAAUGAUAGUUGACCUUUCAGCUACUUUAAAGCAACAAUUGCUGUUUAUAGGUGCAAGUUAUUUUAGGACCUGACUGGCUGUCACCUCAGUUCUGUUGUUAAAUAUAGAUUGUAUAAGCUGAUGGAAAAUGUCAGACCUUUAACAUUGCUCAAGGGGGGGUCAGGGAGUCAACUGUGUAGUGCAAAAUGAUCUGUCGGAGGAAUUUAGAGAUGUUCUCAGAAUAUAUAGUGUGACCCGUCUUCCAGCUGGACACUGAAGUGAGAUGAAUGCUCAAUUUAAACUUGUGUGUGUUUAUGUGUGCUUUUGCACAAGAAGCUUCCACCGGAGAUCAGAAGAUCAGUUUGGGCUGCAGAGAGAAUGUGUGUGUGUAUGUUUAAAGUAUAUGUCUAAAACUGGGAUAUAGCUGCACUGGCUCUCACGUUUUCAUUGUCUUUUGGUUUUAUAUGUCUGAAGUCACGAGCAAUAAACAAGUUAAGGAAGAAAAAAAAAACAAAGUAGUUUUCUAAGACUUGUUCUCUCUGUUGAAAUGACAGGGAUUCUUGUGUUGAAGUAAAACAAGGAUUCUUUCACGAAUAAAUAUCCAAAGUUAAGCAUUGUUGUGUGUUGUUUUUCUGUUAAUAACCAGUCGUCUCAUUUUCAGUGACGACCAGUCAUCCCAGUGUCUCCCUCUUGUGCUUCAUAUCAUGUCAAGUUGUGUUGCGGUUACUACUGAAAUUAAGGUUUUGACGGAAUUCACAUGGUAAUGGGGGAAAAUUCACCGAUACAGUUUGUAGUAUUUCGCAUAUAUUCAUUUGCCCUCCAAAUGCGGGAGAGUCUCUCUGAACGAACUUGUAGUUGCAGCCACUUAAAACUUCCACGCAGUUUCUCUUCCAUUCUGCCAGACAUUUCCUCUGAAUGUGAAGUCAUUGAGUCAGCACAAUGUGAUACAACAUAAUUACGCUCCGCUUUAUCUCCCAAAUGACUGUGGCUUGGCUUCAUAUUUUUAACGAUAGCACAAUGGUAUUAAAAUGACGCUGAUUAACUGUUCAAGACGGGGGUCUUUGAGAUUCGUGGUUGCUAUGGCAACCAGAGAUGAUGCCACUGCCGGCAGUAUCACCCAGUGUCAACAGUUUGAAUCUACUUCGGUGAUGUCAUUGUAGUAUAUCCUUCUUCAGGAGCAGUUUGCUCCCACUUUGACUACAUCAUAAUGCCAUAGACAUUCAUUGUAUCUUCAUUUUCUGUGCAGCUUGACUUCUAAUCCAAGUCAAGGAAAGUAUCUCUUCUCACAGCUAAGCUUAACAGCAAGUCCAGAAGUGAUUUCAUCGAUUUGUUA